AUGCACUUGCCUUUCAGCAGCCGCGUGUUCCACACGCAAAGCCAGCUGUUGGCCGGAGACAGCUGCCUGAGUGGCUUCAUCAGGAAGGGCUCAGGGAAGAGCCUCUGGACUGUGCAUGGGGCCCACAGGGAGCAGCUGGGCACAGAGGAGGGGGAAAAGGAGUUUGAGGACCACAGUCAGGAUGCAGAAGUGGCUGGCAGCUCGCAUAGGCAGCACAGGAAGAAGGCCAUGUGGAAGCAUCUGCCGCCCAGGCGAGUGAAGGGUGUCAGCCAGGUGCUCCAGUUACAGCACCCAGAUGUAGGGUGUGCAGCCCAGAUGCACACACAGGCUCAGGAAGUGGCGCAGGUCGCUGUGGACCCAAGCACACCAAUCGGCCACGCCAGGCGGUGGCGCGAGGGCGCAGCCAGGCUCCGGCCAGAGCCCCGACCCAAGCCCAGAACCUACAUCGGUUCCAUCAUUGUCUCUGUGAAUCCCUACAAGAUGAUCCCCGACCUGUAUGAACGCACCACCAUGGAGCAGUACAGCAGACAUCAUCUGGGGGACACCUCCCCUCACAUCUUCGCCAUCGCCAACGAGUGUUACCGCUGCCUGUGGAAACGUCACGACAACCAGUGUGUGCUUAUCAGUGGUGAAAGUGGGGCGGGGAAAACCGAAAGCACCAAGUUAAUCCUCAAGUUUUUAUCAGUCGUCAGUCAGCAGUGUUUGGAAUUGCCCUUGAAGGAGAAGAUAUCCUGUGUUGAAGAAGCUAUUCUUGAAAGCAGCCCCAUCAUGGAAGCUUUCGGCAACGCCAAAACCGUAUACAACAGCAAUUCCAGUCGCUUUGGGAAGUUUAUUCAGCUGAGCAUGAGCCAGAAGGGGACUAUUCAGGGCGGGAGAGUCGUAGAUUGUAUCCUGUUUGUUUUGGGGUUUUUUUGUUGA